GGGCGGAGGGAGCAGAGGAGCCCUCCCUCCCCAGCCCCAAGCAAUAUCCCAGUAAUCACGGUAAUCACGGUAAUUACCCCCCCAUGCGAUAUAAGCGGUAUUGCGCAGCCUUCUCCACUCGCGCUCCUACAGACAGGCACCUGCAGGUGAGCAGCACGUAUAAGCUUGGCAGCUUGCAAGUGAUUGCCCCGAGCCUGAGAUCAGAACCACAUCUUACGCUGACCUCCCAGUGGCGAGGCACUGUCGAUCCUGUACCAUGGAGGACUGCCUUCACACGUCUUGCGAAGACCUCUCCAAGCUGGUGAGCUGGGCCCACAGCCACGGAACCAUUUGCAACCUCAUCCCCAGCCUCAAGCACCUGUUCUCCGAGGGGUCCCAGGGCAACCUGACAGUCACGUGGAGAUGUAGCGCUGGCCAUGCCUACUACUGGCCCCUGGCUGCCACUUGCCAUAGUCGCUCCCUGGAGCGCAUCUGCUUCCAGGAGAGCCACAGCUUGAGCUGGGGUAGACCCAGAGUGCUGGAUGUGGCCUCAGAGCAAUCCACCUCCCUGGAGUACUACUCCAGCCAGGCAGGCCAGGGCAAGCUGGAUGAUAACCAUGCCGGCAGCUCCAGCAACAUAGGCGUCAGCGGGCCAUCAGAGGUGAGAGAGACUGUGGAGGAGGAUGAGGGCAAUGACUUUGAAGUUGCUGGCGAGUCUUCUGCCACUGAAGAAGACAGUGACUUAGAGCUGUGCUUAAAGGAGCAGCUGACGGGCCGCCACAAGCGGCAGGCUAGCUGCCUGUCCGCUGCUACCCAGGAACAGUCCAGCAAUGAAGGCAGCAGCAGGGAGUUCAAGAGGAUCAAACAGGAGGUCCCUGAAGACUGCUAUGUUGUGGCCAACGUUGAGCUGACAGCGGGUGCCGAGGGGCCAGCCCUGUCCCUGACACACAUGUCCAAGCCCAGCCUGCCGAGGGAGUCCCAGACCCCCUGCCUGGAACCUGCCAGGGCCAUGCUGCUGCCCCCCACAAGCUCUGAGUCUGACCUGCAGCCCUUCUCCACCUCCACCCCCAGCCUGUCCCUGCUGGCUUCACAGAAGUUGCCCCAGAGCCUCCUUGCCUCCCUGGCACAGGGGACAGAAGUCAGCCCGGUGGCCGCCCUGCAGGUGCCGGCUACCAGCUCCAGCUCCACUGUUGCGUCUGGGAAAUCCAUCAGCAUCCCUCUCUCAGCCCUGCAGCUGCCUGGUCAGGAGGAGUCGAUGGUUGCUGAGGAGACAGUCCCACCCACCCCGCAGGUGUCCCUGGCUGGUGAUGUGUCUAGCUCACCCCUGCUGAGCACUGAGCCUGAGGUCAGCUCCAGCCAGCAGCAGCCCCAUGCUGCCACCACCCCUGAGGUAGCGGAGCCGGUGAUACCAGACCAGGAUGAGAGAACAGCAGAGCUCAGCAGGGAGCAGAAUGAGAAGACCAUUCGCAGCACACAGACAGCUCUCCGCAAUUUCCGAGAGUUCCUCAUCUCCAAGUACCCCUCUGAGACCCGGGAGAUCUAUGUCAUACCCUGCAAAGAGCUUGAUGCCUACCUUGCUUCCUUCUUUGUGGAUGCCAGACAAAAGGAUGGGUCUGAAUACGAGCCAAACAGUCUGGCCAACUAUCAGUGUGGGCUGGAGCGAUAUCUCAAAGAGCACAGGUAUGGAUACAGUAUUACAAGGGAUAAGGAGUUCAAGAGGUCCCAGGAAGCAUUAAAGCAAAAGCAAAUAGAGCUGAGGUGUAAAGGAAAAGGAAACAAGCCACACAAAUCCAUGAAGCUCACCUUUGCUGAUGAGCUUAUCCUGCGCAAAAGAGGCUUGUUGAGCCGAUACAAUCCCGAAGGGCUGCUGAAUCUCGUCUGGCUAAACAACACAAAGGCGUUUGGGCACUGCACGGGUUUCCAUGGGUCCACCCUCAAGUGGGGAGACAUCAGACUACGAGUGACGGAGACUGGGCUGGAGUACCUGGAGUGGAUGGGGCCAGACAACGGAGAUGCCAACGCCAAGAGCAAGAGAGGCGGGACGGACUCCCGGGUGUAUGCAACCCAGCACUCCCCACAGACCUGCCCCGUGCAAGACUACAAGGAGUACGCCCAGAGGCGGCCUCCAGCCAUGCGCUAUGAGGACGCACCUUUCUACCUGUCCAUCAAACCCGUCGUCAACUUGGCCGCGCUUCACUGGUACAAUUGCCAAGCCCUGGGGAAAAACAAGCUUGCCAAGAUGGUAAAGACGAUGUGUGAGAAAGGCAACAUCCCUGGACGGAAGACCAACUUCAGUGUCUACCAGAGCUGUAGCACCCUCUCAGAAGCGCAGAGCAACCAGCUGGUGCUGAUCUGCAAUAACUUGAGCCAGCAGGCUGCCCAGUCCAUGGCAAGCCGUUCCAGUACUGGCAACUUCAUAGUGUCAGCGUCCUAUGACUCCUCCUCAGAUACAGCUUGAAAGGGGGAUAUCACCUGAACACUUUUUUCUUUUCCUUUUUGUUUCAAGCAUUGAAUUUGUGCCCAAUAGUACACAUCAACUGUGAUUGUACACUGUUCCCCCAUAGCCCUCUCUCCAGUGUUAAUUCACUUUAUAAAAAUAUAUAAAUAUAUAAUAUAUUUUUCUUUUUACAAAUAACUCAAUAGAAAUAGUUUAGUAUUACUAACAUAGUAUUUAUAGUGUUAAUAUGAAAAUGAAAGGUACUUAUGGGUUAUAAUAUAAAUGCAGAUUUUAAAAGGACAGAAAUGGUUCUCAGGCAACACAAGAUAGACUGGAAAUACCAUUUUUUAACAUGCACACAUCAGUGAGUUUAAAUCCCCAGGGAGGCUUGCAUAGCAAUUCUGGUUUAAAGCAUUUUUUCAGCUUAUUUUAACAUGACCUCCCACAGUGGAGGAAACUAACUUAUCACUGGCUGCUGCUUCUUACCUGAUGGCUUAUUCUUGAUCAGCAAGACCAAGAUAUAAGAGGUACAUCAGUGUAAGUUCAUGAAACCAUUUACAACACUUUUUGUCUGUUUUUUAUUUUGCUUCCUGAGGCUCAUUUAUGCUAGAUGAGAAAAAAAAAAUCCUGAAGUCAGCUAAAGGCUAUUUUUAACUUUUGUUUUCGUUGAUGAUUUUCUGUGAUCAAAAUGUUGCUGGUCUUUAGACUAAAAAGUAUUGUUUUCAACAAUAUGCAAAACUAUAAUGGCAAAACCACUGUCAGACACAUAAUUUUAACUGUUUAAGCACGGGUUGUUAGUAUAUUGUCACUGUGUAUACUUAAUGUAAAAUCUACUGAUUUAGAGCCACUCUUUCAGUAUUCUGGGGAUUGCAACAGUGCAGAAAAAACACAAUCUUAUCUCAAACUGCACAGAAAAACAAUGCAUCAAGUAUGUCUUAAGCCAUCAUUUGAAAUCCACAAAAAAAAAGUAGCAUAGAACGUAUAAUGAUAAUUUCAUACUCACUAGAGAAGGUUCAAAAGCUGGAUAGUUAUAAGUACUGGAAAACAAAUUUAGGUCAGCUACACAUAAUCUAUUUCUAUUGCAGACAAUGGAAAAUGUGCAUGUGAAUCUGAAGACAGAAUUUGGUCCUUAAAGCCUUGAAAUAAUGAGUGCUACUGUUUUGACUUUGCAAUAUAGUUGUUGUUUUUCUCUAAGUAUGGGGAAAACACUAACAAAUUCAGUAUUCCAGUGAACGAUUAUAAUUCUUGACCUUUAAAAUGAUUCACAGUACUUCUCAAGUAAUUCAGCUUAGUUUAUGUUCCACUAGGAUAUCCUAAGGCUGUGAUGAGGCUUUAGACAAGUCCGCUGGAGUGAUCUAAUGCCCACUGAAGUUGAUGAAAGAGUCAACCUCAGCUGACUUUCCAUGGGUGUUGGAUUAAACUGUAACUGAGGGCCUUUUUUGUUUUGGGGAUUUAUAAUGUUAGUUUUCUUUAUGCUUGUUUGUCUUUAUUCCUUUGUGUUACUGCAUUUCCUUCAUAUUCUUUAGAUCUGCAACUGUGCAGUGACUUUAAUCAUCACUAAUUCCAAAGAAAGGGUGAAACAAAGGUAGCAGACAGAAAUAAAAAUAACCAACCUGGCACCAUUUAAAAAUUGUUUCCUGCGUUGCUAGGAAGAAAUGUUCCUGUGUGCGAGGAACGUGGCAGAAUGCCUGCACCUCACUUAAGCCUUACUCAAGGUCUGUUUGGAGGCUGGGGUAGGUAGCAGAUGAGCCAUUGGAAGGUCUAAGAGCAGAGAUUUCCACUAUCAUAAACAUCUGUCCUCCCAUGAAGCUUCCUGCAGAUGACACAGCCUGGCUCUGAUCUCUUUGUGCUCCGCACAUAUCAAGGCUGGUACAAAAUCUGGGUUUCCUGAGGGCUGGCUGUCCCAGGGUCUUGCAUGUCAUGGCACUGUGACCACCAAAUCUGCAGCCUCUGAGUUACUGGCUGCUGUCCCUCAGGGCUGUAGGGUAGGCAGUGGAUUGGUGGGCAUGGGUGAUCAUUCAUACUGUAGAGCUGUGCUUUUGUGACUUGGUUUUGGGGCUUGAGACCAAAUCAUGACACUACUGAAGUGAGUGCAAGCUGUGUCCUUGAUUUUCAAUGCCAUGGCAAAUCUGACUUACAGGUGAAGGAGAGGGAAGCCAAAAAAGACUUUGUUCGGGUGCAGCCAGCAAGACAGCUGCCCAACUUCCAGAUGAGGCCAGCCAUCUGACUGCUAUUUGCACAGCCUUGCCUUUUCAUGGCACUGCUUUUAAUGUGAUACAGUUAAAAAUAGUUUUGCAAGGCCAGUGCUGCUCUCUGUGGGAUUUCUUUGCUGUUUCUCCCUGAGGAUGCUCUUACUAGGUGUUAGAGUGUAGGGGGUUCCCAUGCCAAGGAGCUCCCUAGGGGUGCCAGGUGAGAGCUCCACCAUGGAGUCAACCUCUAGAAAAGUCUUUGGUCUCUGUUCCUCUCCUGCUGGCACUCAUCUCAGCACUUCCCAGUGGCAGCUAUUGCAGGAUAUGACCUACUUCCCCACCUUACCUUUCCUGUGUUGCAACAUGAAGCUGGGUGUCAGCUGGCUUUUGUGGGGCAGAUCUCUGUUUCCCACCUCUUCUCCCCUGCCUGACUACCCCUCUUUGCUGGAAGGAGCUGCCCUGAGCUUGUAGGGGAAAGAAGCCAUCCCAAGUUGUGGCUUUCUUGUGUCUCCCUCAAGACCCACAUGGCAAGAAACCAGACCUUAUAACCAAAUUGCUUUUCACACUGUUAUCAGGCUCAGAACUUGGCAAUGGUUCACAUCUUCUAUUGGUAUGCCUUGGACAUAUUGCUUCAGAGUGGGCUAUUUUGUGUGGGCUAUUUAGUGUGGUAAUUCCACAAUUAUUCUUGUCUCUGAGGAGGCAGAUCACUGGUUGCUGAUGCGCUGUGCUGCAAGCAGGUCUUUGAAGUGCUGUUUCACAUGAGUGCUGUAAUUCAGCCUCAGCACAGACCUUGGCUCCAUUGACAGGAGCCAAAAAUGCUCAGAGUCACCCAGAAGAAAGAACACAGGCACUCUUGGGUUUUGAACUUGGAGGUCAUAAAAAGCAUUUCCCAUGACUUCUUGACUCUACAUGCUGUCUGAGUUGCUAUUUACCACAGUAUUGGGAUGGUUUGUGCUAAUGUCCAGCCUUACGCUGGGUGAGGCAACAUUUCUGAUACCCUUAACUUAGCAGGGCACAUCAGCAGCUUUUGCUUGUCUGGUUGGGGGAUAAGCUGUGGAGUACGUGUGCUUAUUGUGAAAGCCUCAAUAUUAUCGGGGUGGUUUUGUUCUGAUUUGUGACAUCUCUAAUAACUCCAGCUUCCAGCUGGUGCUGAUGGCAGGUUGCCUGGCAAAUUCUUACGGGGCAUCCCCAGACAGGCUACUCAUUGAAAUAGUUAAACACAUAUGGCCAGAAUGUGAUACUUGAGUAGUAUCGUACUCCAAAAAUAAAUUUAUUAGCUUUGAAGGGCAUUUAGCACAACAUAUCUGCCAGUCUUCCAUUGUGGACAGUUGCAAGGAAUCAAGUGACCACAGCUUAAUGAAUUACCAUUCGUAUUAAGGCCCUGGGAGGUUUGUUAGCCCACUGGGAGGGAGACUUCUGAUUUAAAUCACUUUCAUGGUUUUGCCUCAUGCUGGUGGGAGAGUAGCUGCGGCUCAGCUGACAGGUGACAACUCAGUUGCUUGUAACUGUCUCCCAGUACUCUGAGGGUGUCAAUCCUGCUCCACCAGCAAGUUGCAAGCUCACCACAGUGGUGUGCAGCUUCCCUGGUGCUAAGACAUGGCAGUGUGGCCAGGGGCUAGUGCUGCUGACUCUUACAAGUCUUCCUCGCUGCCUAAGCAAAGGAUUGGGGUCUCCUACCGUGGGUCUUGAUACCGGGUACCUUUCACCAUGAGAUCAGAAGAGCAGCUGGCAAAACACCGUACAGCAUGCUCUCAUCCAGCACAGCCUGUGGACUGGUGGUUGGGUGGGCUGGCCUGCAGUGAGGAGCUGCUGGUGGCUGGCUGUGCUGCUGACUACAUUGUGCUCUGAUGUAAAAGCUGAGUUUUUGCCCCACAGUGAGGCUGUGAUUUCCAUAAAACGGGAGUAGCUGGCUCCAAAAUGGGGCCCACUUUUCUCCUUCCUUUUUCCCAUUUUUUCUUGCCACUCACCUUUCUUUGAUCUGGUGUUAGACCUCUCCAGUGAGUCAUUUCAACUCACUAGCCCAGCAGAAAAUGCAGCGGAAAAGGGGGGACGUCAGAUAAUUUUCUGCCAGAUUACAGAGUUGAAUCUGCUCACAAACUAAGGUGCAGAGCCAGUGGGGGAGAUGGAGGUGUGUGUUCCUCUGCCAGUAUCAGAGAGUCACUAACCUGGCUCAGCUACUGCAGCCUUGGAAACCCAUCAAAAGUGUAAUGCCGAUUGAGACCCUUCUGAAUCAUUUUCAGAUGUAUUGGUUGCCUUCAGAACCAUCUACCAGCUUUUGGGAGAUUUGCUCAGUGCUACCAAGAGUAAAGUUUGGUCUUGAACCUGAGAAAGAGGCAGAGUGCCAAAGCACAGGCCUACGCACAGUGCGAAGGAGUCUGUACCAGUGUUAGCACAGGCUUUCCCAUGUGGCCUUCUCAUGACACCAAACCAAGAGUCAGACAUGGGGAUUAUACAUGGGUGUCACUGGACUGAUCUGGAUGCAGCUGUGCACAAUAGAUGCACUUGGAUCUGUUCAUGUGAUUGCACAUUUAGGUGGGCAGAGCUGCAGGCACUUGAAUGGCUUAAGCUCUGUUUUAUUAGUCACUCAUGCAUAUAUUUAUGAUAUUGUGGGUUUGCACAAUGUACAUGUAUUCAUGCAGGUAGUUGGAACUAAAGUCUUUGAUAUCUGGGUGCUGUGAACUGCCUGUUUAAUUUUCAAAUAUGUAUUUAUGCAACAAAAUGUAUUUUUAAGUGCAGGAGAAUGGAAUACUGUUGUGAACUACAUUAUAGACUAAAUUACAAGGGAUAUCUAAAAUAACAGCACAUACCUUGUUCAUCUGCAUAGUGCAAUAAUUCUGUGAUAGCAGCAUCCAGGCUAUUGACAUACAGGACAAUCUAAAAAUGGAAUCAGUGUCCCUGUUGCACAUUCUCCUUCAUGAAGAAUAUCAACACUUUCGAACUGUUUUGUGUUUUUGUGUUUAGAAGCUGCUGUGCACUGGUGUUCAGUCUACAGCGUAGCUGCCCUCUUAGAAAGCUGUGUGGAAUGAGAUGCAGGCAGCAUGUUGUACUGAUGUGCAUGCUUGUCUCGGAUGUUUGUGACCGGAUCUUGUUCUGCUGUUUGCGCAAGUGAUGUGGGGUGGGAAGAUGGGGAUCAGGAGGAGCAGGUGCUGUGUCACUCUAGAGCCUGGGCUGCCCUAAGGACUGAAACAGCCUUAAAGGAAACUGAGAUUCCUGUUGCACUAGGUUUCCUCCCUGUCCAGCUCAUAUUUACCCUUUCUUGUCACCGUGUCUGAGUACAUCCCGUAAGUGCAUUGACUGACCUGACUAGCACAUGUGGUGCAUGGGCUGAUCAUUCCUUCUGACAAUAAGCUGCAAGUGACUGUGAUUGACUGACCGGUCUUCCCCAUCCCCAACAUCCCUGCUCCUCUCACCGUCCCUGAUCCUCUAAUAUUCCCCUCUCCCAGCAUCUGUACCGUGGGGCGAGGGGACCGCUAUGUGCAGGGUGGCUCUUGGCUGAGAGCUCCCUCCUGCCUUUCAAGUGACCUUGUGCUUUGGGGAUAACGCGCUCAGGGCAGACCGCCUCGCGUCAGGUACACGAGGUUUGUGGGAUACUGCACGCGAGCACUCUGGAGGCUCGCAUCUCUCAUGCUGGAAGCACUCUCCCUCUCUCUUCUCUUCUGCUUUUUGUGAAAGAGCUUUUAAUUCAUGAAAUGAGAUGAAAUUCACUUCUGUGUAGAGGAUCAGGCCCACUCGUGUGCACUGUUUGGCCUUCCACUAACACCCUUAAAGUAGGACUGAGAUGACUGAUCCUCAACAGUACGUAACUUUUGGGCUCACUCUGUCAUGGAAAUCAGUUCAUUUCAUACGGUGCAGGCAACAGGGCAUGGGGACCCCCCUGACUCACUGAAGUCCUGGAGGCAAUGCAAAUGUGUGGGAAGGAGGAGAGCUUACAGGACACAGAAAUGUCAUUUGAUUCACCUGAAAUGAGCCAAUUCAUGCCUCUCGGUUAGGGUAUAGAAGGACUCGGCUGUUCACUAUGAAACGUGUCAGGAAGUGGAUCUGCUCUUCGUAAUGAGGGUUCUUUGCUAAACAUCAGUGUGAAGAGAUGACUGCUUUGCUGUCCUUGUUCUUAAAAGAGAAGAUGUAUUUUCUUUUAUUUCUGUGCUUUCAUGUGUGUGCUGAAUCUGCACUCUCAGUGCUGAGGAGGAGUGUGGAGAGAAGGCAGUCCAGCAUAAAAUAUGGCUAUAUUACUAGCCAAAAAACCUGAACUAUACUUUCUGGUGAUGGUCCCCUUGUGCUGAGCCAUGCCUUGGUGAUCAGGGACAGUACUGCAUCGCUGGUGUCUCCUGGCAUAUCUGUUGGCUCUGUGCAGAGCCAGCAUGGGUGUCAUUGCAACACUCCGAAAACUGAGAGCCUGGGGGUAGCUUGUCAAGAACACCCCUAUCAGCCAAGAAGGGAGAAGCAAGCCAAGAAGGGGGAAGGCCCUAAGCACAACUAAAUGAUGGUGCUUUCCCCAUGGACAGCAUAUGACAGACACAUGAAGCUGCGCUGUUACCUCCUUUAGGGUUUUGGAAACCUAAGAGCCACCAGGGACAUCACCGCUUCACCUCUUUCACAGCAGUGUAACUUCAGCUGGCGAUGGAGCGACCCUUCUGAGGACAAGGCGGGUUUCUCUGAGCUCCCAGCUAGGUGUGUGGUUGCACUGCUUCCAGCUCCACCUGUGCAAACCAGGGGCCGGCCCAUUCCUCCCCACUGCGCUGUCUCUGGCUGAAGCCUUGUGAAACUCUCCUGAAGUUCUCCUCCAGCACCUCGACCCUUCCUGAAACCAGCAGAGAGGCAUUUACAGCGGUGAAAUGCUGGAAAGCUAAAAAGCCCCACAGUUUAGAGACACCUGUGAGUUUACUGGAAAGUUUGACAUUAGCUAUUCACUGGAACAUGUUCAAAGCUGUGGUGAUGUCUUUAAUUUCUAAUCUGAUGGGGAAAAAAAUGGGUUUGGCAUGAAAUUUGCUUGUUACAUGAACUGUUAGGCUUUAACAUAGUCUCUAGAGUCUCAAGCAAGAAAUUUAUUUCCUGUUUUCUCACUGAAUUGGUUAACAUUAGUUGGUAAUGCAGACAAAAUUCUAUUUGUUUUAUUAUACAAAUACCAUUAAAUUAGUUGUCUGUGGAUUGGAAAUGGAUUUACUGUUUCAAAGGGAUUAGGAUGCUUUUGCCUGAUCUUUUAUUCUUCUGUUCAGUAUUCAUUACACAGCAGUCACUAGUAUCUGAAAAAAUCACUACCUUUUCAGAUUUCAGUUUGAUAUUUUAUAAUUCAUAGAGGGUUUGCUCACAGUGUUUAAGAGACAGGUGAGGCAGGUGCUAUCAUUGAAAUUCAGUGGGAUAGAGUUUCAGUGGGAAUGAGGUGUUCAGCUUUCACAAUGCUUCAGGAAUCCAACUUUGCAUUUUUCGGUUACUAAUGUUUUAUACAGUCAUAAGUGUCAAGAAAAUAACGAAACAGACAAGUGAGGGGAAGAGAGUCUAGAAAAUACAGAAAGUUUUGGACAUAAAUAUUGUAUUAUUCUUACAGUAGAAAACUAAACUCAUAAAAUUAAUAUUUGCAGAUACUAUCUUUGCCAUUUCAGCUGUUAUUUUUGUGAAGAAAGAUGACUGUGUCUAAUAUUCCUCAUGCCUAGAAUUUUAUAUGCUUUCUGAAGGCUGUAAUCUUGCCAAGACUGUCCUCCUUACCAUUAUAGCAUGUUCUCAGCUGCCCUAAAACAUGUAGCCUUAAGUAGUCCCUGGUCUGCCCCACAUUGCUCCUGCCAGAAUUCCUCAUUCUCUUCUACUAUCACACAUUUAAUACACUUACUAUAAGUCAGAUUUCCAGCCUGAAAACAAGCCAGUGCCAAAGGCUUUGCUUCAGCCCCUGUAUCUUCAGCAGUGGCUGCAAAGUGUAGGCGCAGAAGGUAAGGCAAUAGUAAUUGGCUUCAAACUGAUUUGGUAACUUUUGUGUAGGAAGACAAAUCUUCUCCUAGAGACUCCUAGUGAGGCUGAAGGUGCACUGAACAAUGACUGCAGUGUAAAUUGCUUUAUGGAGGCCUUUGUUUUCUGCCUGGUGCUUAUGGUUCAGAUCUCUCAAGCUUUGCCUUAUGUGGGAGCUAUCUCUGUGAGCAGCUUGCAAGAUGGUUCCUGUGUACAAGGCUGGAUGGAUGGAUGUGAAAUGCAGGUGCAGAAAUACACAGAGCAUUCAGGGAUGGGCAGACGAAACGUGACAUGAAAUGCCUUCACGGAGCCUGAAAGAGCCAGGGGAAGAAAUGGUGAGAACCUGAUUUUGCUCCUGUUUGUGACAGUGUGGGCAAGACGGGUGGUGCUGCUGCGGGAGUGGAUUUGGUGCCCGUCUUGCAGAGCACUGUGAUAAAUGCGAGCCCAUGCCGCCUGCUGCCACCCAGCUCAGGCUGUUACCUGCACUUAGCUGUGAGCACAUCAGCUAGUCCCCCUGGGACAAAUGGGUUUGAAGUAUGCAGGAAAAGGCAUUGCUUGGCUGCUGUUGUGUUACCAGUUUGGUUUUGUCCGCGUGACCCAUCUAUCUCAAGAUUAUCUUGAGACCUGUCAGGGUAGACCAGAUGUUUAAGACUGGAAGAAAAGUAAGUGGCAGAAUAUCUAAGUGUGAUGAAGAUAGUGGAAAGGCAGUGGGAAAGCUUGGCAAACACAGCAGAAGUUUUUGUCUUUUUUCCUAAAGAGCGCAAGCAUAAUCCUUAUCCUUUAAUAUCCUACUUUGUUUUACAUUGGAAUUAGAAUAUCUUUUGCAUUUGUUUUAAUUAUCUGACAGCUUUAACUCUGCCUUUGAAAAGCACUUUUGCUAUGACAACCCUUGGUCUCAUGGUGAGCAGUGCUUGGGAGAAACAGCUAAAGUAAGGCUUUUAUCUUUCCCUGCAUGCAGUGUUUAAUCUUUCUAAUCUUUUAAUGUGAAUGUAUUUUCUCCCAUUUUGUACGUUGACAAGAUUAGCACUGUUUCUUCCAAAACAGCAGCUGAAAAAUAUAUUUUGCUUAAAUAUAACCAAAUUUCCACCAAACUAUGUGAAUUCUCCUAAGUGACUGAUUCAUUCUCAGAGUUAAACCUCUCUCUAAGGCAAACUUCCACUCACUGACUUUAAUGACAACUCAACUUUUUUAAGAGCAGUUUGUAAAAAAAGUAGAUUUUGUUAAUUCUUUUGUUUUGUUUUAUAAGAAAAAGAUUCACUAUCUUGCCAAAUAAUAAUAAUGAUAUUAAUAAUUAAUAAUAAUAUUUCUAUGCAUUGUGUGAUUCAGUGAUGUUGCUGUUGAAAUUUUGCAUGUUUUCUAGAUGUUCUGGCAUUUGUAUGUUUCUGUGGUACUUGUAAAAAUGCUAACCAUUGCUGCUAUAAUCACCGCACUUCUAGGUAACUGAAAACUGUACUAUGAAGCUGUGCCAGUUAGCAGGUUUUUUUUGUGUGUCAUGGUAAAACUCUGCAUUCUGCUGUUCAUUUCCUGUUUUAAGCCCGUAUUUAGUGCCUUCUGUGGAAAGAAUCAAUAUGUUGUGAUAGACGGGAGGUGCCAAACUUCUAAUAUCUUGUUCUGCACAUAUGAUUAUUUACCAGCUUGAAGCUUAAAAAAAAAAAAAAGGAAAAAGAAACAAAUCUUGAACUCUCCAUCUUUCUACUAAGUGUCUCCUAAUUAAUUUUCAUUUGGGAAAAAAACGCUUUAGAAGAGCUGAAAAGAAGCCAUCUUCCCCAGCUACACCUCCUGCAGCAGCAGUCUGCCAACUGUGAGUGUGGGGGGUACGAGAGAAGACGUAGUACCCAAAUGUUCCUAUUGGUAACAGAUCCACUGAUUAGCCAAGCCUAUUCAAGUCAUCGGGGAGCAUGCCCAAAUGCCGUUUAAUGAAAACAAUCUUCUGAUUACCAUAAGAAACUGUUAGCUCUCAUAACAGUUGUGAGCCUGCUCUUGUAAACAAGUGUCAGCCCGGUCAAGUGGUGGAUUCCAGUCCCUGUUGCGCCUCCGCUGAAGCCACAGAUUGCUGCCAAAUGAGACUUGGAUGAAAUUCAAGCCCAAGAUUUUUGGACUCGUUCUUUCCAACUGCUUUCAUGGCAGACAAGCCCUGUUUAUCAAGAUUCUGACAUUGCAUUUUCAAUUCCUUUUCCACCCUCUGCUUAAAAUCUGGCAAUAUAGCAAAUACACAGACACAUAUGCAAUCAUUUUGAUUCUCAUAAGAUUUUGACAGGCUGAAAUUGUACCCUAGUGUAAUCAUACAACAGAAACAGGCAGGAGGGGAAUGCAAGAUGUUCAUCUGUCUAGUGCAUUUCCCAGCCAGAAAGCAUGGUCAACUUUACCUAGUCUGGUCUUUAGAAUAGUAUUUUGUAUGGAAAAAAUAAAAGAUUAAUCAUCUCUUUUCCAUCUCUACUGAGAGACAGAAGCCUGUUACACACCUUGAAAAUACUUUCCAAAUCAGAAUACCAAGUUGCCAGAAAAACUGUGUGAUUGGGAAAAUAAGAGUGUAUUGAAUUCAUCCUUACAGGUACUGGUCUAAAGCCAUCUCUGUUCUCCAGCAAGACAAUUUACAACCCUUGUCAUGUAAAAUAUUUCCGAAAAAAGAAGUUUAUGCCAAAAUUUUCAAUGUGACUGCUCAUUUUUGUGACACCCAAGACAUUUACAAAAAACAGUAUUAAGGGAUGCAGCCCAGAACACACUGAAAAUCAUCCCAUAUAGUAGGCUGCAAGCCAGUCCCCCACAAAUUGAUGAAUUUGAAAACCCCAGCUGAAGAUCUAAACCUUCCACAAGUGAUUAGGAUGCUUAGAAGCCUUUUGCAACACUCUAGUUCCUAUCUCUUGUAGAGAACAGGGCUCUCUUCCGAAAUUUCAGGACGUUUUAUUGUCCUUUUAAAAUAUGUAGCUGCUUCAUGCUCCUGCGAGAUCAGAAACCAGCUGAGACCAGCUGUAAUGUGUUUCUCCAUUGUUUUUCUUGUACAGUAGCCAUUUACUCAUGAACUCAUGCUUCCACUGAUAUGAUCAAAAAGUUUUGACUCUGCAGAACUCCUGCCUAUGUGGCCCUAAUAGUAAAUAUGCAAGGCAGUGAUACACAGUCUUACUUCCUGCGUUUCUUCCAUUUAUAGCUAGAUCUGAGUCUUUGUGGUCCCACCAAUUGCAUUAAUUGUCUUAGGAAUUGGUCUUCCUAGCUGCCUUUAUGUCUUGGCCCAACUUGCAAAAAAGAUGCAUGAGAUUCCUGCAGCACAGCAGCUGUUUUUUCCCCAUCUUGUCUUCCAUUGUGAAGUUAGAUAAAACUGCAUUAUCUUCAGCUUAGAUUUGAAUCAGGAAAGUGAUCAGUAUCCUCUAUUUAACACUUUGCAUGUUGGAAAUGCAGUUAUGGUUCUACAAGUACAGAUCUGGCUUUAGGAUUUAGCCUGCAGCUUGUGGCAUGUCUGAGUCUCUAGUAGCAUUUGCUUUUCACCAUGAUUCACUGGUUUUAAGAUGCAAACUGGCUGACAGCAGGCUGGUUUAGAUAUCACCUUCCAAUCACUGUGAUGCCUUCAGUGUAUGUGUUGUCAGUCCUGUAAUUGCUCUUGUAGUUACCUUUAGUCUCAAGUGCAUUAUAUUGCAGGACAAGCUUGCUUUAUGGCUUUUGGUUUGUUUGUUGUUUUUGUUUUGGUUUGUGUUUUUCAGGAAAAAACUAUAGCUUAGGCUGUGCUGCUGAAAGGAGCCAAAAGAGAAUUAUCCAUCCAAACCACAGUCUAAUUUGGGGAUUUAGCUUUUUUUGACCCCUUUGCAAGCCCCAGGUGUAAUAAGUUAUUUCAGGCAGAGAUUUUAGCAUGAGCAGUGCUACAUCUUUUCCACUCAAAAUGUGGUUUUCUACACACAGGGCACCUUCUCAUAGAGAUCUCUUGCCCUGUAUUUGAGAGAUUUAUUAUAAAUCAAUACAAUGAUUUAUUAGGGAGAAGUAACAUUUUGAUGCAUUUUAAUGCAUUAAGAUCUGCAAAUCUAGAAUAUCUGAGGGGAACGGAGAGAUUACUGGAUCUUUUCUGAAAACGUGAGCAAAAUUGUCAACUACAGUCCAUUUUCAGAGCUACCUGUUCAAUCUCAUUGUCCUCAAAUUACCUUCUUUCUGGAGUUGCACAGUGACCUGAAAAAAAACAAGCAAAAGGUUUUGCUGCUGUAAAUGAGGAAAAAUUUCAAAACCUACUUUGAGCCCCAGAUCCCCAACUGGAUUUCAAGGGCUGGUAAUCUUAUUUGUUAGCUAGGUAAGUUUUGACCCACGUGCAUGCCAUAUUGCUAUUUCUGCAGAGUAAUUUUAAGAAGCAAACUUCAUACAGGGUAAGGUCCUUUGCAGGUGAAGACAAAUAUGGUCAACAAAGUUGUCUGUCACUUGUGCCAGUUGAGAGCUGUUUUUUUGUUGUGUUUUUUUUUUUUUUUUUUUUCCCUUCCCCUACUGCAAGAUGCUCCACUCAUCUUUAAUUGGGAUGGAGUAAACAAAUGUAUGUUGUACUGUUGGCUGCCACACUUUAGUCAAAUGUCUCCCUGAAAAAUGCUUUUAGUGUUUGAGUACAAAAGUGCCCUCAAAAAGAAAAAGUAAAACCAAGAGGUCUUUUUUUUCUUUUUCAUGGUGUCUGAGUUUCAUCCCUUGCUCAGUUUUCAGCUAAUUAGGCUUUUGAAAAGAAUGGAUUCAGUUGUGUGCUAACUGGAGUAUGACAUUCACUUUUACUGAUCUGCAAAUUCUAGAGGUAUUCUGAUUUUUAUUGCACUUCAGUUCCAUUUUUAUUCCCUUAUAAUAAUCUUUAAGAAGUCUGGUUCUGCUGCAUCAGAGAUAGAUUUCACUGUCUGUACAAUGUUUGCUACAAUUGUAGUGUGACUUUUUUUUUUGUUUUUUAAAAUUUGUAAUGGUACAGCCUUAAACUCCCAGAAUUAAAGAUGAUUUUAAAAAUAAUCAAGAAAGUCAUUGAUGUCUGUGAUAAGUGCAUGCUUUAUUCACAAUAUUUUGUCUGUAAUUAGGUGUAGCAACCAAUUCUUAUGUAUUUAAUAAACUGUUUUCUGUAAA